GAAGGGGUAGCGGAAAUAUGGCAAAGUUUACUUUUUUAAUUCUAUUAGUUUUUUUUUUAUCGUCGUGUAUACGUGGGUAAGGUUUUGUUUGUUUUGUACUUUUGUUUUAUUUUUUUAAUUGUGUGCUUUUCCUUUUUUGAUUUUUUUUAUGUGAGAAAUGUUGGGAAUUUAUGAGGCUGUGGAGCUUCAGUGUGCUUGUGCAACUAGAAAGUUUUUGUUGUGUGGUUCUGUUCUGAGGUUGGCCUAGCAGAAACAGGAGAUCCUCCUCUGGUGACACUGGAAGUUGUGAUCGUGUUCAGUGUGUAAAGGCUGAGAGGUUGAUCUUGAUAUAGGGUCUUUUGUGGUUUUUCUGAAAGAAAUGAAAUGAGUUUGAGUUAUAAUGGUGAUGGUGGAGGUGCAGGAGUGUGAAACAAAUUGGAGGACUCAUAUAAUUCUUGGAUGUGUUGUUGCGCCUGGCCCACAUGCAACUCUAAGUGGAUAAAGAUGGAUGGUUCUUCUGGGUCUGCUUUGCAGAAUUCUGACAAUUCUAGGGCGUUGAAUAGUUCUGGAGUCUCAGGUAGGAACCAAAGGCUUCAUUGUCCUGAAAGAAACCCCUUCUCUGGUGAGGCAUCACAGGAUUCUGGGUUUAAAAAGGAAAGGGAUAGGGUUCUGUUGGCACAAGGUGAUCAGCUUAAAAAUCUGGGUGGUUUUUCUGGGUUUUGUGAGGAUGAAAUCGAGGUUGACCCCUUUUUUUGCUCUGUAGAAUGGGGUGAUCUUAGUUUGAGGCAAUGGUUAGAUAAACCUGAACGAUCAGUGGAUGCCUUCAAAUGCUUGCACAUAUUUAGGCAAAUAGUUGAAAUCGUUAGUGUAGCGCAUUCUCAAGGAGUUGUAGUUCAUAAUGUGAGGCCUUCCUGCUUUGUCAUGUCAUCUUUCAACCUUAUCUCGUUUAUUGAAUCAGCAUCUUGUUCGGAUACUGGCUCAGAUUCUUUAGGAGAUGGAUUGAACAGCCAAGGGGUUGAGAUGAAAACUCCAACAUCUCUGUGUCCCCAUGAUAUGAAUCAGCAGAGUGUAGGAAGUGAAGAUUUUACGCCCAUCAAAACUUCUACAACAACUGCUCUGUCAGAUUCUAGUUGCAUGCUUUCGAGUGCUGUGUAUGCUGCUCGCGCAUCUUUAAUAGAAGAAACAGAAGAAAAUAAAAUGAAAGAUAGGAGAAAGGAUGAAGAAGUGGAAGGAAAGAAGCAUUCAUUUCCUAUGAAACAGAUACUGCUAAUGGAGAUGAGCUGGUACACUAGUCCUGAAGAGGUAGCUGGUGCUUAUAGUUCAUGUGCUUCGGAUGUUUAUCGUUUGGGAGUUCUCCUUUUUGAGCUAUUUUGUCCGCUCACCUCAAGAGAAGAAAAGAGUAGAACCAUGUCUAGCCUUAGACACAGAGUUCUUCCCCCACAAAUACUUCUGAAGUGGCCUAAAGAAGCUUCAUUUUGCUUAUGGUUACUACAUCCUGACCCUAGCAGUCGUCCAACACUGGGGGAGUUGUUGGAGAGCGAGUUCCUUAAUGAACAGAGAGAUGAUUUGGAAGAACGUGAAGCAGCAAUUGAACUGACACAAAGGAUAGAGGAUCAUGAGUUGUUGCUAGAAUUCCUUUUGUUACUUCAACAGAGAAAACAGGAAGUUGCUGAUAAGUUGCAACAUACUAUCUCUUUUCUGUGUUCUGAUAUUGAAGAAGUGACCAAGCAGCAAACUAGAUUUAAAGAGAUUGCUGAUACUGAACUUGGGAAUGAUGAUCGUACAGCAUCAAGUUUCCCAUCCAAGACAGUGGUUGAUAGUGAGGAUUCUGCUUCUCUAGGGACUAGAAAACGAGUCAAACUAGGGGUGCAUAUUAAUAAAAACAUUGAGGAAUGUGAUGAUUACAUAGGGGAUAAUCAGAAAACUAAAGAAAAUUUUCUUUCAAAAAGUUCACGGCUAAUGAAGAACUUCAAGAAACUUGAGUCUGCAUACUUUUUAACACGAUGUAGACCAGCUUAUUCCUCAGGGAAACCGACGAGUAGACAUCCACCUGCAAAUGAUCGUAGAGGGUCUGUUGUCAUGACUGAAAGAAGUUGCAUUAAUGACUUGACAUCAAAAGAGCAGAGCAGGGAGGGUGCAAGUGCUUGGAUAAAUCCUUUCCUUGAGGGUUUGUGCAAGUACUUAUCAUUCAGUAAGCUAAAGGUUAAAGCUGACCUGAAGCAAGGAGAUCUUUUGCACUCUUCCAACCUCGUAUGCUCACUCAGUUUUGAUCGUGAUGGAGAAUUUUUUGCUACUGCCGGUGUGAAUAAGAAAAUUAAAGUGUUUGAAUGUGAUGCAAUCAUAAAUGAGGAUCGUGAUAUCCAUUAUCCAGUAGUGGAGAUGGCUAGCAGGUCAAAGUUAAGCAGUAUAUGUUGGAAUACAUACAUCAAAAGUCAAAUUGCUUCAAGUAAUUUUGAAGGUGUUGUACAGUUAUGGGACGUGACAAGAAGUCAAGUACUAUCUGAAAUGAGGGAGCAUGAGCGGCGGGUGUGGUCCAUUGAUUUCUCGUCAGCAGACCCAACAAUGUUGGCUAGUGGGAGCGAUGAUGGUUCUGUCAAGCUAUGGAGUAUCAAUCAGGGAGUUAGUGUUGGUACCAUCAAAACAAAGGCAAAUGUAUGCUGUGUUCAGUUCCCUCUGGAUUCUGCUCGUUUCCUUGCGUUUGGUUCAGCAGAUCACCGAAUAUAUUACUAUGAUCUUCGCAACCUAAAAAUGCCACUCUGCACUUUAGUUGGACAUAACAAGACUGUGAGCUACAUCAAAUUUGUAGACACUGUGAACCUUGCCUCUGCAUCCACAGACAACACUUUGAAGCUUUGGGAUUUAUCCGCGUGUGCUUCUCGAGUUAUAGACUCACCAAUUCAAUCAUUUAUGGGUCACAUGAACGUUAAGAACUUUGUGGGAUUGUCAGUAUCUGAUGGUUAUAUUGCUACUGGUUCAGAGACAAAUGAGGUGUUCAUAUACCACAAAGCCUUCCCCAUGCCAGCAUUGUCAUUCAAGUUUCAGAACACAGACCCUCUUUCUGGUCAUGAAGUGGAUGACGCGGCACAGUUUGUGUCCUCCGUUUGCUGGCGCGGUCAGUCAUCGACCUUACUUGCUGCAAAUUCCACAGGGAAUGUCAAAAUUCUAGAGAUGGUUUAAGAUGUCCUCUACUCAGCAAUCUACAAAUAAUACAAAGUUUGCUGUGUGCAUGAGGUGGCAGAACCUUUGUUUAAGAUGAGAGUUUCUGUUACCAGUAAAUGCUAUACAGAGGGGUAUACAGAUUCCUUGAUUAUUACUUGUAAGUUGUAUUAUAACAAAUUUUUGCAUUAGUAGAUCAUAGCGGAAGCAGUUCAAGAGAAGAGUGAGAAUGGUCUUGUGAAGGAAAAAAAAAAAAAAAACGGAAAAGGUCCUGUAGAUAAUGUGUCACAUGGAAAAAAGUGAAGGUCAAAUUCUAUAUCAGAUUUUAUUACGGUUGUGAUCCAUAUUCAAUUUUAUAGAUACAUUCACCUUAGAGGAAGCUACUCUUUUUGUGUAGAAUUCUAUAACAACUACAGAUAAAAAUCUAUUGCAUUUUCAAACAAAAAUUAUUACUUUUUAUGUGAUCUAUUGUGGCUAACUUUGAUUAAUUGAAUGUUGUGUACAGUGUAGAAUGUAGCAUAUCAAAUGCGUUUUGUUAUAACGGUUCCAAUGAGGUUUGAUAUAUGAUCUCUU